CUCCGGGAGAGGGGCCCUUGCCUAGGCCGGCGCUCCCCUGGGGCCUCCUGUCUGCUCCGAGAUCCAUCCUCGCACGUCGGGGUUCCGGAGGGGCUGGGGCACGACCCCACAGCGCUGGACCUCGGCUGCAAAGCAGCGGUCCUUCUUCCCGCAGUCUCCCCCUGCACACACACCUGGCCCCCCUCCCUCCGCUUCUGGGAUACUCUUGGGAGAGGGCCAGUCGCUGGGCUGCAGCGGGACGUCUCGGCGCCGGAGCCUUUUCUGAGGAGUCAUUGGGGGUGAGGGUAAGUGUAAGUGGACGGAACAAUAACCCCAAGUACAAAUACCUCCAAAGCCCCGCCCGACUUUCAAAGCAGAAUCCAGCAGCCUCCACCACUGGGAUUAUAAAUGUGUGAGAGAAGACCCAGGAAACUGAGGGAAGGAAAAGAUCCUACUGUUGUUAACAGAGGGGGGGAGAAGGAAAGCUCUUCCAAAUACCCUACAAGAAAAGCCAUCUCCCGUGUUCUUCCUAUUUUUACUCUUUUGAAUAAUGCGAUUGUGACCUUAGAGGGAUUUCUGAACCUUGCCCUGCUGAAGCUUGUUGCACCGGCAGGGUAGAAGUGGCUUUGCCUUUGCACAUGCUUCCCCCGCCGGGGCUGUUGCAGGAACUGUGGCCAUCAGUAGAGAGGAGAGCUGAGACUGGUUUCAUUCCAGCCACUCUUUUCUGCCUUGGGGACUUGGCUGAUCUGUUGAAGCCAUUGCUGCUCCUACUGGACCUAUUCUUUGCUCAGCAGGUUGAUGUAUCCUUUUGUCUCUGGGGUUCUUGAGUAAACAUUGUACCCAAGGUGGAUGGCAGCUCUACAGUUUUUCAGGUGUCUGAGGAUCACACACAGCUGCUGAAAGAACAGAAGAUAACUGGUGUUGCUGGAAUUUUGGGGACUGUUUUCAAGCCAUUUUGAACAAGAUGAUGUGUGAGGUGAUGCCAACCAUCAGCGAGGCAGAGGUUCCUUCAGGGGGAAAUGGAAGCCAUGGUUCAGGCUCCCCUUUACAAUCGGAUACUGAUUCCCAUUUUGAGCAGUUAAUGGUAUCCAUGUUGGAGGAAAGAGAUCGACUUUUGGACACACUCAGAGAAACUCAAGAAACACUAGUAUUGACCCAGGGCAAGCUACAUGAAGUCAGUCAUGAAAGAGAUUCUUUGCAGAGACAGCUCAAUACUGCACUUCCACAGGAGUUUGCAGCACUUACUAAAGAGCUUAAUAUAUGCAGGGAACAGCUCCUUGAAAGAGAAGAAGAAAUUGCUGAACUGAAAGCGGAAAGAAAUAAUACAAGGCUGCUAUUAGAACAUUUGGAAUGUCUUGUCUCCAGACAUGAGCGGUCCCUUAGAAUGACUGUUGUAAAGAGACAGGCUCAGUCUCCAGCAGGGGUUUCUAGUGAAGUUGAAGUUCUCAAAGCACUAAAAUCACUAUUUGAACAUCACAAAGCCCUUGAUGAGAAGGUAAGGGAAAGAUUACGAGUAGCACUUGAAAGGUGUAGUUUAUUGGAAGAAGAACUAGGUACCACGCAUAAAGAGUUAAUGAUUCUGAAAGAGCAAAACAAUCAGAAAAGAACACUACCCGAUGGGGGACUAGAUAUAAAUCACGAUCAGGAAAACACACCGAGCACAAAUGGGAAGAGAUCUUCUGAUGGGUCUUCAAGCCAUGAUGAAGAUCUUGCUAAAGUUAUAGAACUCCAAGAAAUUAUAGACAAGCAGACCAACGAGCAAGGCCAAAUGAAGGAACGUCUCACUGCUCUUUCUAGCAGAGUAACAGAGUUGGAAGAAGAUCUUGACACAGCUAGAAAAGAUUUAAUAAAAUCAGAAGAAAUGAAUACAAAGUUGCAAAGAGAUGUACGAGAGGCCAUGGCCCAAAAGGAAGAUAUGGAAGAGAGAAUUACAACUCUUGAAAAACGCUACCUCGCUGCACAGCGUGAAGCUACAUCUGUGCAUGACCUCAAUGAUAAACUUGAAAAUGAAAUUGCUAAUAAAGACUCCAUGCAUCGACAGAGUGAAGAUAAGAACCGACAGUUACAAGAGCGACUGGAACUGGCUGAGCAAAAGUUGCAGCAGACUUUGAGAAAAGCUGAGACGUUGCCUGAGGUGGAGGCUGAGCUGGCACAGAGAGUUGCAGCACUUUCAAAGGCUGAGGAGAGGCAUGGCAACAUUGAAGAACGGUUAAGGCAGAUGGAAGCACAAUUGGAGGAAAAGAAUCAGGAAUUGCAAAGGGCUAGACAGAGAGAAAAGAUGAAUGAAGAACAUAAUAAGCGUUUAUCAGAUACUGUUGAUAAACUUCUGUCUGAAUCCAAUGAAAGACUCCAACUUCAUCUCAAGGAAAGGAUGGCUGCUCUGGAAGAUAAGAACUCUCUUCUUCGAGAAGUUGAAAAUAUAAAGAAACAAGUAGAGGAUCUUCAACAUGAAAAGGAUCAACUGAUACUCGAUAUUGAAGCAAUAAGGGUUGAAAAUGACCAAAUGAGGAUCAGGGCUGCUUCUCUUCAUAAUAGCCGACCACAUUUGGGUAGUGUACCGGAUUUCAGAUACCCAAUGACACCAUUAUCUGUGGCUGACAGUCAUACGGAUCCCUAUAGCACCUCAUCAGUGUUACGACGGCCCCAGAAAGGGCGUUUGGCAGCUCUACGAGAUGAACCUUCAAAGGUUCAAACCCUUAAUGAACAGGACUGGGAACGUGCACAACAAGCAAGUGUAUUGGCAAAUGUAGCACAAGCAUUUGAGAGUGAUGAUGUCUCAGAUGGUGAAGAUGAUAGAGAGACUAUAUUCAGUUCAGUCGAUCUCUUGUCACCUAGUGGCCAGGCUGAUGCUCAGACUUUAGCCAUGAUGCUUCAGGAGCAAUUAGAUGCAAUUAACAAAGAGAUUAGAUUGAUACAAGAAGAAAAGGAAAAUACAGAGCAGCGGGCAGAGGAAAUUGAAAACAGAGUUGGUAGCGGGAGUCUAGAUAACAAUGGACGAUUUCGGUCAAUGAACUCCAUUCCCCUUCCUUUUAUCGGUGGUUCCCUUGCCGGUUCCUCUCCUCCUGGCAGUGGCCAUUCCACACCAAGGCGGAUCCCACGUAGUCCAGCUCGGGAAGUGGACAGACUAGGUAUCAUGACACUAUCUCCAGUGUCUGGGGAAGAAGUACGUGAUGACAAGACCACAAUAAAAUGUGAGACAUCUCCACCAUCUUCACCUCGAUCCCUGCAUUUGGAUAGAAUUCAUAAAGGAGCUUUGCAUACAGUGAGCCAUGAAGAUAUCAGAGACAUAAGAAAUUCUACAGGUUCUCAAGAUGGGCAAGUAAGCAAUCCCAGUAGUAGUAAUAGCAGCCAGGAUUCCCUUCACAAAGCUCCUAAAAAGAAGGGGAUCAAAUCCUCUAUAGGUCGCUUGUUUGGUAAGAAAGAAAAGGGUCGACCUGGACAGACCAGCAAAGAGUCUUUGGGACAAGUUGGUUCAACAGAGACAGACAAUUCAUCUCAGGAUGCCUUAGGACUCAGCAAACUUGGGGGACAGGUGGAAAAAAAUAGAAAACUACAGAAAAAACAUGAAUUGCUUGAGGAAGCUAGAAGGCAAGGUCUGCCCUUUGCACAAUGGGAUGGCCCUACUGUAGUGGUGUGGCUAGAGUUAUGGGUAGGGAUGCCUGCGUGGUACGUGGCUGCUUGCCGAGCCAAUGUGAAAAGUGGUGCCAUCAUGUCUGCCUUGUCUGAUACGGAAAUACAGCGUGAAAUUGGAAUCAGUAAUCCUCUACACAGGUUGAAAUUGAGGCUUGCCAUUCAAGAGAUCAUGUCACUAACAAGUCCAUCUGCCCCUCCUACAUCAAGAACGACCACGGGAAAUGUCUGGGUAACACAUGAAGAAAUGGAAAAUCUUACAGCCACGCCACAAACGGAAGAUGAGGAGGGAAGCUGGGCUCAGACCCUAGCAUAUGGCGAUAUGAACCAUGAGUGGAUUGGCAAUGAGUGGCUCCCCAGUUUGGGGCUCCCUCAAUAUCGCAGUUACUUCAUGGAAUGUCUUGUUGAUGCUAGAAUGCUAGAUCAUUUGACUAAGAAAGAUCUCCGGGGACAACUUAAGAUGGUAGACAGUUUUCACAGAAACAGUUUCCAGUGUGGUAUAAUGUGUUUACGAAAAUUAAAUUAUGACCGAAAAGAACUUGAAAGAAGAAGAGAAGAAAGCCAGAAUGAAAUAAAAGAUGUUCUUGUCUGGAGCAAUGACAGAAUGAUCCGCUGGGUACUGUCAGUUGGUCUUAAAGAAUAUGCAAAUAACCUUAUAGAAAGUGGAGUUCAUGGUGCACUUGUGGCCUUAGAAGAAACUUUUGAUUUCAGUGCUUUAGCUCUAUUAUUACAAAUACCUACUCAAAACACGCAGGCUCGUGCUGUUUUGGAGAGGGAAUUUAAUAACCUUCUUGUUAUGGGCACUGACAGGAGAUUUGAUGAAGAUGAUGAUAAAAGCUUUAGACGAGCACCUUCGUGGAGAAAGAAGUUUAGACCAAAGGACAUAAGAGGCUUAGCUGCUGGAUCUGCAGAGACUCUUCCUGCAAACUUCAGAGUUACCUCCUCAAUGUCUUCACCUUCUAUGCAGCCAAAGAAGAUGCAAAUUGAUGGCAAUGUAUCAGGAACACAAAGACUGGAUUCCAGUACAGUAAGGACUUACUCCUGUUAAAGGCGUCUGUUGUUUACCCACACUAUUUCUACCGGUGAUAUGCAGCAUUUUGAACUCAAAGAUCGUAUUGUAGAAAUCAGUGGAACCGUUAAUUUUGUUAAUACUUGUUAAAUGGACACUUUGAGAUUUUAUUACAGAGUUUUUAAUUAGCAAAUAAAUUCAUGAGUACCAUAGAGAAAAUAUUUUAGAAUUAAAUGUUUCUUAUAUUUAAGUAAACCUAUGAGACUUUUCAUUUAUAUAGUUACUUACCUUUUCCAUCUGUAUUCAGUCUAUAAAUCAGAUCUUUGCUGAUUUUUAUCCUUCAUUUGUUAAUCUUUCCAACUGAAUGUACUGUAAUGCUUGUAAGUAUAUGUCCCUAUGAGCAAUAUAGGGCUUUUGUAAAUUAUGCAGUUAUUGUAAUUAUCAAUGGGUUUUUAAUAAUGAAACUGAAGGUGAAAAGGAUUUUACUGUCUUUGUAAAAGUAUCAUGAAACCAAGCAGUAUAUAUUUUGUCUUUUGAAUAUAUUAGCUAGUUCUAAAAAAAAAUAAAAAUAAACCAGCCCUUUUUGGCAGAAGCAUUCAAAUAAUUGGUUUAGUAAGCAGGUCUAAUAGAUUAUUUUUAUUUCUGUUGAUAAUUGUAUCUUUUCACACACAAAAUUGUCAAGUGUGAAUUGUCUUCAUUUAAUGCUGUAAUACAUUUUUUAAAAUGGGGGAACAUUUUUAACACUAUGGAACAUGUUUUGGAAUUGGUUAACUCCUUCAGAACUUCCAAUCCACUGUAUUUGUAUAGCAUGUCUCUUUAAUGACUA